AUGUCUCUGCAACUCCGGCGACUUCUGCUCCGCCACCUCUCAACCUCUUCUCCUCCGCUGCCGCUUCAAACCCACAUCCCAUUUCCCUCAAACAAACCCACCCAUUUCCACAACACCAUAACCACCGCGUCAAUCUCUCACCCCAAACCCUUCUCCUCCAUCUCAACCCGACCCGACCCACAUCCCAACCCGGCCCAAUUAGCCCACUCCCUCUCCACCGAGCUCCUCCGCGACCGCGACCCCGACUCCGUCUCCCGGCGCGUCCAAUCGACCUUCACUCCGACGCCUUCUCUGGUCCGCUCCGUACUCAGUCUCUCGGCCGACGCCGACCGCCGCGCAAUUCUAGGAUUCUACAGCCGGCUCAUCUCGAAUAAUAAUCUCGAUGAUCACGGCGACGAGAUUCUCUCGUUGUUCGUGGACUAUUUCGGGCAGAGGAGGGACUUCAAGGCGGCCCAUGAUGUGAUUCGUAUGGGCCGGAAAUUCGCCGGGCCCAAAACCGCUGCUGCGAACUUCGGUGGGAUGGUUAGAGCAGGAAGGGUUUCGCAGGCUGUUGCUUUUUUUGAUCAUAUGGACAUUGAGUAUGGGAUCAAGAGGGAGAGAGGAGCUGUCAAAUUGGCGGUGCAGAAGGUCUGCGAAAAUGCUUUUGCUGCUGAGAGAAUGGUGAGGCGGUUGGCCAAUGAGGUUCCGAAAAAUGUGGAGACUUGGAAUGUGGUGGUCUGUUGUUUGUGUAAGAUUAGGAAGACGGAGGAUGCAUUGAAGUUGUUUCAUACAAUGUGUGGUCCGAAUGAGACUACUUAUGUUGUGUUGGUUAGGAGCUUGUAUAAGGCGGGGAGGAUUGAGGAGGGAGAUGCAAUGCUUGAGAGGAUGAACUCGUCGGGGCUUAAGGUUGAUAACAAGGUUUAUUAUCUGAUUUUGAAGACAUUGUGUAGUGUUGGCAAGUUUGAUCAUGCUGUGAGCCUUGUGAAGAAGAUGAAGGAGGAUGGGUGUGAGCCUGGGGUCAAGGUUUAUCUGCUGAUGAUGGAUAAGUUGAGUGGUGAUUACCGGGCUGAUAAAGCGGUUGCACUCACCAAGCCGGGGCAGUUGAAGCUGAGGCCGAGGUUGCACAAGCUGCAUGAGCCUUUCAAGAGGAAGCAGAAGCCUGUGAAGCAGAAGGAAACAAUCAGUGAGAAGGUGAAAAGGAAGAGGAGACGUAUUAAGCAAGCAAGGUUGCUAUUUGUUAAGAAGCCCAUAAGAGGGCUGCAUCGACCCUUCUGA